AUGGCUGCCUCGUGGUACGCCUUGAGAGGCACUCGCCAGCUGGCCCUGCGCGCGCCUCGAUUGCGUCCCGCACCUUCCCCAAUUGCCCUCCGGAGAACCACUCCGUUGCCUCUAAACGCAUGCCGUCGUACCCUGCACACGCCCUCCCAGCAGCCGCCCCGCCGGGCAGUCUACACGAGUACAUUGGCUGAGCAUGGCGAGCCUCAAUUCCAGGAUGCUUUCCAGCCGCUAGACACCUUCCCCAGACGCCACAUUGGGCCCUCACCAGACGCCGCGGAGCAGAUGCUGGCGAAGCUUGAUCCUCCGGUGGCGUCGUUGGAUGAGUUCGUUGCGCAGGUGUUGCCUGCGGAUAUCCUGUCGAAGAAGGAUUUGAAGGUCACAGAUCCGAAUGCGGAUAUUAAGCUCGAGCGGGAUAAUGUGCAUGGGGGUGUCGGGGAGACGGAUAUGUUGAAGUUGCUGGAGACAUAUCGGAAGCAGAUUGAUGUGUCCGGCAAGACGUAUCUCGGUACUGGGUACAAUCCUACGAUCGUUCCUCCGGUUAUUCAGCGCAAUGUUCUUGAAAACCCCGCUUGGUACACGAGUUACACGCCUUACCAGCCGGAAAUCAGCCAGGGUCGGUUGGAGUCGCUGCUGAACUUCCAGACUUUGACUACGGAUUUGACUGGUCUUCCCUUUGCCAAUGCCUCGGUCCUGGAUGAGGCUACUGCUGCUGCGGAGGCCAUGACCAUGUCCUUUGCUCUCCUUCCUGUCUCCAAGCAGAAGAAGCCUAACAAGGCUUUUGUUGUUUCGCACCUUUGCCACCCGCAGACUAUUGCCGUGAUGCGCUCGCGUGCGGAAGGAUUCGGCAUUAACCUGGUUGUCGGUGAUGUCCUGGCCGAUGACUUUAAGUUGGUCAAGGAGCAGGGUGACAGCUUGAUCGGUGCUCUCGCUCAGUACCCUGAUACUGAGGGCGGUGUCUUUGAUUUCCAGUCUUUGGGCGACACCAUUCACCAGGCCGGCGGUACCUUCAGCGUUGCCACUGAUCUGCUGGCUUUGACUGUUCUCAAGGCUCCUGGUGAGUUUGGUGCUGACAUCGCUUUCGGAAAUGCCCAGCGACUGGGUGUCCCUAUGGGCUUUGGUGGUCCCCACGCUGCUUUCUUCGCAUGCUCCGACAAGUACAAGCGCAAGGUCCCUGGCCGUGUGGUUGGUAUCUCCAAGGACCGUCUGGGCAACCCUGCCCUGCGAUUGGCUUUGCAGACCAGAGAACAGCACAUUCGUCGUGAGAAGGCCACCAGCAACAUCUGUACCGCCCAAGCACUUUUGGCCAACAUGAGCGCUAUGUAUGCUGUGUACCACGGACCGGCUGGUCUAAAGGCCAUCGCCCAGCGUAUCAUGUCGAUGACCAACAUCCUCCGGGAGAAGCUCGUCGGAUUGGGAUACAACGUUCCAGUCAGGACGAACGCCGCUGAUGGCGGUGUUGUGUUCGACACCAUCACUGUUGAUCUGGGCAACAGCCAGGACGCUGAAGCUCUGGUCGCCCUCGCUCGCCAGAACGGUAUUUUCCUCCGCCACGUUGCUCCUGAGAAGGUCGGCAUCUCCGUGGACGAGACAACCGGCCGCGAGGAACUGAAGGCUGUUCUGAAUGUGUUCGCUACCCACGGCUCCAAGGCUGAAGUCAGUUUGGAUGAGAACAUUGGCAUCGCCCCGGUUCCAGCUACUUUCGAACGUACCUCUGCCUACCUCACUCACCCCGUUUUCAACACCCACCACUCGGAAACCCAGAUGCUCCGCUACAUCCGUCACCUCGAGUCGAAGGAUCUGUCGCUCGCCCACUCGAUGAUCCCCCUUGGAUCUUGCACGAUGAAACUGAACGCAACCAGCGAGAUGAUGCCUAUCUCAUGGCCCGAGUUCUCUCAGAUCCACCCCUUUAUGCCUGCCGACGUCGCCAAGGGCUACAUCCAGAUGAUUGACGACUUGGAGCAGCAGCUCGCGGAUAUCACCGGCAUGGCUGAGAUCACCGUGCAGCCCAACUCUGGUGCUCAGGGUGAGUUUGCUGGUCUUCGUGUGAUCAAGAAGUACCAGGAAGCGAAUGGUGGAUCUAAGCGUAACGUCUGCUUGAUUCCUGUUUCCGCCCAUGGUACCAACCCGGCUAGUGCCGCCAUGGCUGGUAUGCGUGUUGUUACCAUCAAGUGCGACACCAAGACCGGUAACCUGGACCUGGCUGAUCUCAAGGCCAAGUGUGAGAAGCACAAGGACGAGUUGGCUGCAUUCAUGGUCACCUACCCCAGUACUUUUGGUGUUUUCGAGCCUGGUGUCAAGGAGGCUUGUGAACUUGUCCACCAGAACGGUGGUCAGGUGUACAUGGACGGCGCCAACAUGAACGCUCAGAUUGGUUUGUGCUCUCCUGGUGAGAUCGGUGCCGACGUCUGCCACCUGAACCUGCACAAGACCUUCUGUAUCCCCCACGGUGGUGGUGGUCCUGGUGUUGGUCCUAUCGGUGUUGCCGAGCACCUCCGUGCCUUCCUCCCCUCGCACCCCGCAAGCGAGCACCUCAAGUCGAAGCGUGCAGAGACCUCUUCGCCUCCCAUCAGUGCCGCCCCCUGGGGUAGCGCUAGCAUCCUCCCUAUCGUCUUCAACUACAUCAACAUGAUGGGCGCCCGCGGUCUUACUCACGCAACCAAGAUCACCCUGCUCAAUGCCAACUACAUCCUCUCCCGCCUCAAGGAACACUACCCCAUCCUCUACACUAACGACAAUGGCCGCUGUGCACACGAGUUCAUUCUCGACGUCCGCAAGUUCAAGGACACCUGCGGCAUCGAGGCUAUCGACAUCGCCAAGCGUCUGCAGGACUACGGCUUCCACGCGCCUACCAUGUCGUGGCCCGUAGCCAACACGCUGAUGAUCGAGCCUACAGAGUCUGAGAACAAGGCUGAACUCGACCGGUUCUGCGAUGCUCUUAUCUCGAUCCGGAACGAGAUUGCCGCUGUUGAGAGCGGCGAGCAGCCCCAUGAGGGUAACGUGUUGAAGAUGUCGCCGCACACGCAGCGGGACCUUUUGACUAGCGAGUGGGAUCGCCCGUACUCUCGUGAGACGGCCGCGUACCCAGUGCCGUGGUUGUUGGAGAAGAAGUUCUGGCCCUCGGUUACCAGGUUGGAUGAUGCCUACGGCGACCAGAACCUCUUCUGCACAUGCGGCCCCGUCGAGGAGACCGAUUAA